AUGAAACGUUAUGGUAAGAACUACUUAUUAGAAGCCACUACUAUGCAGUUUAGAAUGAUUGGACACCAUAUCGAAGAUAUAGAAAGAAGAAAAACUACAGCUGAAUUGUUGAAACUAACAGCAGAAGAAGUUGAAAUGAAGAAAAAGGCUAAUGAAUGUGAUAUUCCAAAAGGGUCAAGACCUUACAGUAGAUUUGAAGCAAUUAGUGCACAUAUAUGGAAAAGUGCUUCUAAAGCACGUAAGCUUGAAGAGAAUCAACAAAGUGUUGUUAGGUUCAAUGUUGAAAUCCGGAAUAGAAUAAUUCCAAAUCUUCCUAAGAAUUAUUAUGGAAAUGCUUUGAUUCAAACAGCAGUAGAAGGGUAUAUUGGAGAAAUCUUAUCGAAGCCGUUGAGUUAUGUUGCAAUGAAGAUAAGGGAAGCACAUGAGUUGAUAACAAAUGAAUACAUAAGGUCACAAAUUGAUGUUAUUAGAGGUUUUGAAAAUUUAGAUGAUGCAAGGAAAUUGUUUAUAGGUGGAGAAGGUAAGAAUGCUACAUAUUUUGGGAAUCCUAAUCUUCAUAUAACAAGUUGGAUGGCUUUGCCUUCACAUAAAGCUGAUUUUGGGUGGGGAAAGCCAUUUUACUUUGGUUUAGGAUAUGUGUCUCCACAUGAUAGGGGAUUAAUUUAUUUAAGUCCUGAAGGAGAUGGUUCUGUUAUUGUGUGUAUGCAUUUUCAAGUUGAAACUAUGCAGCUUUUCAAGAAGUUGUUCUAUGGGGAUUUAUAUGAAUUGUUCACUUCAGCAAGAUUGUGAUGAAGAAGAUUUGUGUGCUAGCUUUAUAUGUGAUCUGUAAUGUAAUUUACUCUAUUCGAUAAAUGUACUAUAUACAUGAUAGUGUAGAAAAUAAAAAGAUUUUUGAAUGAUA